UUGCUUUAAAAGAUAACAAUCGUGUUUUUCUGGGCUUCAAGAUGUUGGUACACUGCCGAAAAAUGCAUUAUGUGGACAACCAUAUACAUAUAGAAGACAUAAUUGGGAUUUUUCAAUGUUCAUUAAUCAAGAUUAAAAUGAGACGUUCAAGUGCACCAUCAAAAACUGGUGGAAGAUUUUGCCCACCAGUCCUUUCAAUGAACAAAGGUGAACAGAAAAUAUCUCCUGCCACAACUGGAAGUCCUGUUGAAAAUGCUGCUCGUUCCACAAAGAGUAUCCUGAGUCUCAUAGCUAAAGUGAAGCAGUCUUCAGAGGAUAUUCCAGUGGAGCCCUCUUCCAAUGCUUCACCUCAGUCCACUGAAGAUUCUAACCAUCUAAAUCCUCCUGGAGUCCUCAGUGAAAGUGUAUUUAACCAGGAGUCGCCCAUAAGUCUGAGUACUGGUAGUAAAAGAAUCUUUAAUGUUGUGUACGGGAAACCAUCCAAAAAGAAGCAUAAGACAUGGGAGGGUGAUGGUAUACUGGAGGUUGGGGAGAAAGCUUUAACACUUAAAGACUGUGAUGGUAAUAUACUAGGAAGAGGAAGUGGAAAGAAAAAUUCUGAGUUAGAAGAGGGAUCUCGACUAUUUGUUGGUAGCAAAGAGGUUGAGAUAAUUGAUGUAGUGACAACAACAGCGAUUGUGGAUAGUAACAAACGUGCCUCAGACAGCCCCUCUCCUCCGCCUGGUCCACUCAAGAGACCAAAAGUGUCAGGAUCCCUGAGGCCGCAGAUCUCUAUAGGAGGACUGAGGAAACCACUGACCCCUGUCACCCAACCUUAUGACCCCCUAGUGCUGCCUGAGCCUGACUUGGAUCAUCAGUGGCAGUUCAACAAGAGUGGGGCCCAUGUGAACAAAGUGACGGUAGAGCCGAGAUUAGCCAGGGUGUUGCGUCCCCACCAGCGAGAGGGGGUGGUAUUCUUGUACCGCUGUGUCACCGGCCUCAGGGACGUUCACCACUUGGGAGCGAUCCUGGCAGAUGAGAUGGGGCUGGGGAAGACACUGCAGUGUAUCACUCUUGUUUGGACCCUGCUACGUCAAGGACUCUACGGCAACAAGCCGUUGUUCAAGAAAGUCCUGAUUGUCACACCCUCCAGUCUUACUCGUAACUGGUACCAAGAGUUCAUGCGGUGGCUGGGCAAAGAGUACAUCCAUGUGUUUGUCGUUGACCAGAAAAACAAGCCCAAGGAUUUCUUGACGCAAAUCAAUGUUCCAGUGAUGAUAAUCUCAUAUGAAAUGUUUGUACGUUGCUAUGAUGAUGUGGCAGCCACACAGUUUGAUCUCAUUAUCUGCGAUGAAGGACAUCGUUUGAAAAACAAUUCUAUACGUGCUUCCACACUCCUAAAUCAACUCCCUUGCAGUCGCAGAGUUCUGCUGUCUGGCACUCCUGUGCAGAAUGACCUUCAGGAGUUUUACUCCUUGGUAAAUUUUGUGAAUCCUACAAUACUCGGCACGUACACAGAGUUUCGUCACAAUUUUGAAGAAAAUAUCUUGGCCUCCAGGCAGCCUGACUGUGAUGAAGAUGUGAAAGCUAUGGGGGAGAGCAAAGCAAACGAAUUGUCACAAGUGACUUCCGGGUUUGUAUUACGUCGUACUCACGCAAUCCUAGAUCAGUACCUUCCAGGCAAACACGAAUACGUGGUCUUCUGCAAGCCUUCACAACUGCAGUUGAAGUUGUUUCAAUCAGCCAUCUCUUGCUGGGAAGAGAAGAAGGUCAGCCAUUUGGCUGUUAUCACAGCUCUCAAGAAAAUAUGUAAUCAUCCUGUGUUGCUCAGAGACAGAGAUACUGACAAGGAAAAUGAAAUUAUUUUAACAUGUUUAUUGUCACGGCUCAGUGGAGACCAGGUGGUGAUUGAAGACGCUACCAAACUGUUAGUUGUCACAGCUCUACUGCACUCUGUGGCUCAAGCAAAGGAGAGGAUUGUCCUUGUCUCAUACUUUACUCAGACCCUAGAUCUCCUUGCAGCCUUGUGCGACCAAUACCAUUACAAACACUGCAGGCUGGAUGGUAGCACACCCACUGCUCGCAGAGUAGAAAUCGUUAACAAGUUCAAUUCCCCUUACUCUGAAAAUAGUGUGUUUCUGCUGAGUGCUCGAGCUGGAGGGGUGGGUCUGAACCUGACUGGAGCAUCAAGGUUGGUGCUGUUCGACUCUGACUGGAACCCUGCCUCAGACCUACAGGCCAUGGCCCGGGUGUGGCGCGAUGGUCAGAAGAAUUCCGUCCAUAUUUAUAGACUACUAACAACUGGUAGUAUAGAAGAGAAGAUCUACCAGCGCCAACUGAGCAAGGCAGGGCUCAACGAGGUUGUAGUGGACCCCUCACACCCCAGCGCUGUCAAACUGUCCGACGAAGAACUCAAGGACCUGUUCAGUAUCAGUGAAGAGGAACACUGUCUGACCCAUAGGAUGCUGCCCUGUACAUGCCAGGGUCAGGGGGAUGUCCCGCAGCCAGUAGAUCCACCCAGUGUCACGAGGCUGUGUCAGCUGUCCACCAGCCACACUAACCCUCACUCCCAGAUAUUCCGCAUUAAUCAGCUGUUCCAGUGGGAGCAUUACAGGCAGCCUUUACCCACCCACUUGCUACAGUCAAUGGGGCUUCAGGAUGCGGGACUUUUUAUAACUUUUGUGUUCCGCAACACUCUUGAGAUCAAACCCUCAGACCUACAACCCAUACAAAAAACUUAAUUUUUAUUUUGUGAAAAAUAUUUAUUUGUUAUAGUUUUAGAAUUAACAUGUAUUGUAGUCAAAUAAAAGUGUUUGUUACAUUAA